AUCUAAUCUUCAUGGCUAUAUAAAAAUGGGUUUGGCAUGCUUGCUUACUAUAACUUAGGACACGGUGGGAUCAACACACAUAACCUCAAGUACCAAAACAGAUUCUUGAGAAACCAAUGGAGGAAACAAAUAAGAGUGUACUUGAUGAUUGCUUUACUACUGCCAUGGCACUUACCGAGUCAGGUGUCCUUCGCGUGCCUACCCGUUACAUUCUUCCACCUUCACAACGACCAAUGCUCGGUUCAAGCAGUGGCACUGAUACCAUCACACUUCCUGUCAUUGAUCUCUCCCUCUUACACGAUCCUUUGCUUAGACCCUGUGUAAUCCAUGAGAUUGAAAUGGCCUGCAAAGGAUUUGGUUUUUUUCAGAUUAUAAACCAUGGAAUAUCAUCAUCGGUGGUGAAAGAUGCACUAGAUGCAGCUACAAGGUUCUUUGACUUACCUGUUGAUGAGAAGAUACUUCUGGGUUCUGAUAAUGUUCAUACGCCAGUACGGUAUGGCACCAGCUUUAACCAUUCAAAGGACAAAGUUCAUUACUGGAGAGAUUUCAUCAAACAUUACUCCCAUCCUCUCGCAAAGUGGAUUGAUUUGUGGCCGUCCAACCCUCCAUGCUACAAGGAAAAAGUGGGGAAAUACGCAGAAGCAACACAUUUGCUGCAUAAGCAACUAAUUGAAGCUAUCUCAGAAAGUCUAGGGCUGGAGAGAAAAUACUUAGAGGAAGAAAUUGAAGAAGGUUCGCAAGUCAUGGCGGUGAACUGCUAUCCAGCUUGUCCCGAACCUGAUAUUGCCUUGGGAAUGCCACCACACUCGGACUUUGGCUCACUGACCAUAUUACUCCAGAGUAGCAAGGGGCUGCAGAUAAUGGACUGCAACAAUAACUGGGUUUCUGUGCCAUAUAUCGAAGGAGCACUGAUAGUUCAGUUGGGUGAUCAGGUGGAAGUCAUGAGCAAUGGCAUAUACAAGAGUGUGGUUCAUCGUGUAACAGUGAACAAAGAUUUCAAGCGGCUAUCUUUUGCAAGUCUUCACAGUCUACCUCUGCAUAAAAAAAUAAGUCCAGCACCUCAGCUCGUCAAUGAAAAGAAAUCAGCUGCCUAUGGAGAAUUCAGCUUCAACGAUUUUCUUGAAUAUAUCUCUAGCAAUGAUAUCACACAACAAAGAUUCAUUGAUACACUCAGGAAGAACAAUUUCUGAAGAUGGUGUU